GAUAAGUUAUUACAUUGAUAAUAAAAGAAUAUACGUUAACGGACAAUGUACUGUACUAAAUCAUACAAUGACCAUGAUUUGUCAUCAGAGAUUAAGUAAAUAUGCCAAAUUUAAAUACUAGCUUCUCUGAAAACAGUGCUACAGCCUGUAUUAAUAAUAUGUUCUCCAAUGACAUUUCCAUUCUGGGUAGGAACCUUUGUUUGUGUUUUCAGUGGUAUUUAAAAGAUGGAGAUAACUUAGAGCCCAGAAGGAUUUCAAUUUGCAAACAUGACAUAAACUGCAAACGUAUUAGCUGAUCAACUCCCAUUUUAGAACUUGUUGCUACAGGUCGUUGUUAAAGACAAAUAAUUGAGCUUGUCUAAAAAUAUGUAUAAAUGUAUGCAUGUACAAAUAUAACGUUCUUUGCUGGUCUUGCACAGAUGUUCAUUCAUACCCUCAAAAUGCCAACCCACGUAAGCUGUGGGUUGGGGGCGGUUGGAGUCAACUUUCUCCAAUUUUUUAAACGCAGGGUGUCAAUGUUACAUAUUGUACACUUACAUAAAUCGGUAAAGCCCUGCCUAACAAAACAUUAAUUAGAACCAUAAUACUUACACAGUGGUCUUGGUAUUGAGGUAGUUUGCUGGGAAAGAACUGGAGGAUUUUAACAACGAUAGGAACAAUGCCUUGGCCUUGUUUAAGCAUCCACAUAAUUACCUAGAAUGAGAAGUAAAUUAAAUAUAGAACAAUAAAAGUUAUGUAUAACAGUAAUACCAUUCUUACACACCAAUCUGAUCAGGUAACCAACCUGAAUUACAUGUCCCAAACACAAAAUAUUUGCCUCUUAGUGCGGUACAUCUGAACACAACAUAACAUAAAAACCACAUACAAACACACAACAUACCAAUGUCUUCAGUCCAAACAUGAUCUUCAUGUGUUUGAUGGCGACCACAAGUGUGGGUAGAAGUCUGUACGAUGCCUCCAAAAAGGAGAUCACCCUUUCAUAACGUCCGACGUCCCUGUUCUUUAUGAUGGAGUAUGCCUGGGCUGUAGCUACUCGUAGCCUCCAUGGUUCUUUUAGGGAAUAAUAUUGCUGUUUGGCUUCCAUCCAUAAAGAAGUGUCCACAACUUUACAAGAAAAAAAAAAUACCAACAAAUGCAAUCUGUCAUUAGUUGUUGAUCGGUUCAUUGGUAGCAAACAUAACCAUACAAAACUGCUGUGACGUUUGUUUUAAGUUGGAUAUUCAUUCACUCAAGAUCCGAUUUUACUGCUUCGAUUAUACUAUUUUUAAUAGUUAUUCAGCACUCAAAUCCAAUAAAAAGAGGUGUGUCCUACUUGUUUGGCGGAGGUAUAGGUAUAUAUGUAUUUGGUAUUGAUUUGGAGCACACUGGAUGAAAUGGAGCGAUUGACUAUCUUUUACACUUCAACUAUCAAAAUAAGUGCUACAUGAGACCAAUUUAGUAAAAAAUCAUGUUAAAUUUCACUAAUAAGAGCGAGUAAGCACGAAUGUAUUACAAAUACAAUUGGUUUUGUGUCAUUCAUAAGUGACUUAUUGAUGGUUACUACUAUUAAGUUCCCUGUUGAGGGUAUAAAACCCCGUUGUAGCUGGAAAGUGUUGCCGAAUGCAAAUCCAAACGUACAAAGUCAACGCUACAAAUAUAUAAAAUGUGUAAACAAGGGCAAACCUUCUUGUAAAUCCUUCAUCUUGUGAGUCCAGGCAUACUCUAGUAUCAUCUCCUGCAGGUUUGGAGAAGUCAUGUUUUCAUCAUCCAUUCUUCUCUUCCAUGCACGAAACACAAACUAAACCAGAUCUGCUUGAGGAGGAGGGAAGGCUAUGUGUUUGCAUUCACCAUUAGGGCUUUUAAAGAUUCAUGAAUUUUAGUAGUUUCGCCCAUCACUACAUACAUACAUGGCCAUUUGCCCGGACAUGUACCGGGGCAAGAUUUGAACAUGUUAUUGAACAACCCUUGUUCGGUGUUGAUCAUUUCCGGUUACAGUCGAAAACGUUGCAAAAUACUUCGGUGUCAACACAGCCUCGUAUCAAAAUAAAAGUCCCCGAUGUACUGCAGAAUUUCGUUCAACGGAGUACAAAUGUCUAGAUAUCUGUAGUAUGUUGCGGUAUUCCUUGAACACGAACCUGGAAUCCAUUAUAUAACAUUUGGGUCGGAAUUCUCCGUUUCGCUUAUCGUGACAGCGCCAAUAAUGUUAUAAGGAAACGGAAGUGUACUUAGCUAUAACCUUGCUCAGUACCUUGAUUGGAGUCGGACGGGAACGCGUGUUGUUCAGAAUGAGAUUAUACCACUGGUAUUAUGCCGAAAUCUAAUCCUUUUUACAUUUCUUAAAAAAACUUUUCUUAGCGCCGGGAUCGCCGUGUCAUAACUUGUAUUUAUUAGCUACCUCGAAUAGGACUGAGCCAUGAAUAGGACAAUAAUAAGCCGGGUGCUAAGACUUUCCAACAGAACUUUAGGACUGUCUAAUUCAAAGCCUUCCCUCCUCACAGGAGGUGCCACUGCCACAUCCUCCGGCUAUCAAUUAACCCCCCUCUUCUUCCCGCUAGCCUCUAAAUGUUGUUAUUCCUCCAACGUCAGGGUGCGUUCAUAUCUCCAGUAUAUUAAACGCAAGAUCCAGCCACCUUCCUGUCCUCCCUACAAUCACGUUUGCCAGGUUGGGGACCCCGUACUGCGUUCCCAAGCUGCGGAUGUAGACCCAGCAACUAUUUCUAGCCCCGAGGUACAAGGGGUCAUCAAAACUAUGGUAAAAGUGAUGCGAAGGCUGGAAUGUGUUGGACUGAGUGCGCCUCAGGUUGGGGUGCCUUUACGCAUCGUGGCGCUGGAGUACCCCGUGAAGAUGAUGGAAGAGAGCUCACCUGCGUCCAGGGAGGCGCGGGGUCUCUCUGUCCAGCCCCUGAGGAUCUUCGUCAACCCAACUCUGCGUGUGUUGGACGGACGGACGGUUCUCUUCCAGGAGGCCUGCGAGAGCAUCUCGGGGUUCUCUGCCACGGUACCCCGCUACUUGUCUGUGGAAGUGUCAGGUCUGAACGAGAAUGCUGAACCUGUCAGUUGGCAGGUGAGUGGCUGGCCGGCCCGAAUCAUCCAGCACGAGAUGGAUCACCUGGACGGCCUGCUUUACCUUGACCGCAUGGAUAGCAAGACCUUUAUCAACAUCAAGUGGCAGACGCACAACGAGUAGCACGAGAACAUGGGCUGACUGCUCUAUCCUUUAUUCUCCAAAUAAACACACAAAGAACGUAUCUGAUAAGAUCUGCUAAGCUAGGGACUGGGACCUAAACAAGGAUCCCCAAGCUGUACCUAAGAUCUAGUUAUUGACAUUUUAUGUAUGUGAAACGAUCUGUCCAAAUUUCUUCAUAAAUUAAGUCAACUUUUUUCAGUCAUGACAAAAAAAAUGAAAUCAGAUUAAGCACUAUGUGACCAUGUCCUGCCCAGGCAUAGUAUGGUGGUAUCAUACAUGGGACUGUAGUGAACAAAAAAAAAAGCGUUUGAAACAUCAAAUGUGAUUUGACAUGUGUUUGGGCAAAUAGGCUGUGCGAUUCACCUGGUGUGGUUCGGAAGCCAUUGAAAAUACAAAUAAAUGACAACAAAAAGGUUUUUCCCUUUUAUCAUGUAUUUUAUUACUGUCAAGUUUGCUGUCAACUAAAAUGUUAAUUGAAACGAGCAGGAGACAAGAAUAAUUAAUGCAACAU